AUGUCGAACGACCCCUUCGUUGACUAUUCCCAGCUUCUUGCGCAUCUUCUAACCGAGCAGGGCGAAUUGAACGAUGGUGUGGUCUCGUUCCUGUACCAUUUGUUCCCAGGGGAGUUGUUUGUGAGGGCCAUGUCCCUCUUAGACUCCAGAGACAUGUUCAUCUACAUGUUUGAGAGACCACACACAAGUUGCAGGCACAGCGAAAGCACUGUGACCGAGCCAGACCAGACUACAGAGAUGAUUACAGUGCAUAGUAAACGCGGUCAGGCUCCGAAGAAGCGGCCUAAUGAGUCUUCAGAGGACUUGAAUUCUAAGGUUAUGAUAUCCCACUCUCAGACAACUACAGCUCAAGCUCGCGAAGCUGAAGAGGAGCUCUACAGGGAUAAAAAGGAUAAUUCUAUCACUCCCAAGACUACAAAUUUGUUAUGCGAUCAAUCGAAUGCUGCAAUUUCAGCACAACAGGAACCAGCCACGUCCCGAAAAAGAGACCCCAUCAAAGCACUUUACGAUAUACCGCAAACUGUUGUUAGCAGGCUAGUGGUAAAGCAAGACACCCCGCAAAGUUUGCCAAUCUGCGUGGAUCUUGACCGUUGGUUCUGCUCCUGUGAUGAAUACAACGCCCAAUUUCUCGAGAAUAUCCUUCAAAAUGCUGAUCCCGACGCCCAAGAGCACAUCCCGCUAUACUCCCGAGCAAUCCAAGAGCUCAAUCCCACCACUACGCCGCUACGAUCUGACCGGUUUGCGCGUUUGCCCACAUUGAACAAUAAAUUCCAGCGAUACUUCCGCCACGAACUGGCAAUGUGUCCCCAUUUGCUGGCAUUUGCCAUACUGCUCCAGACAUCUCCGCGAACUUUAGCCUACUUCACGCAAAUCAAUGCCUCGGUGUAUCUGAUAACGGUGCAGAAUUUGGACGAGUGGCUAAACUUACAUUUAAACGUGGUACACUAA